ACUUUCACAAAAAAAAAAAAAAAAUCAGGAGACUGAGUUUUCAAACAUUUUCUUUUAAAAAUAGUUUAUUUGCGAAUCUAAUAAAAUGAGCUCAAAUAGUAAAGAAACCGAAUGGAAUGAAGUUGAAGAGAUGGAGUUAGCUGAAUUGCUUUCACGUUCCAGUUGCGAUGAGAAUAAGGAAAAUGAAGAAACUUUAGAUGAUGAUGAAGACGAUAUGGAGUUGUGUUCUCCACAACCUAGAAACUUCCCAUACAGCAGUCCCAACAAUCCACGUGAUAAUACUUUGCUGAAGCGUGUGCGCAAUAAGAAAUUGAAGACCAAGCACAUUUGCGAGAGCUGGAUUAAGCUUUAUAGCUCGGAUGCUAAGGCGGCUUUGAUUCAGCUGCUGCAAUUUGUCCUGGAAGCCAGCGGCAGUCAAUAUCUAUUGCCCAGCAAUCUAAAGUUCCCCUUCGAUAAUAUGGACAUUCUGAUUAUGGCUACAGCGCACUUUGGCAAUAAAAGCCACGCUUAUCCUUUGAUUAUGAAAUCGGCGGAUAUUUAUGUAGAGGAGAUUUGCAAUUUUGUGCAGCUAUUGUUGAGCAUGCUGCAGACAACUUCGAUCAUUUCCGAUAAAUGCUUUCUAAAGUCUUUUGCCGGCUUUCUCAUGGUCUGCUCCGAUUCGAAGGUGCGUCCCUUUCGCCACACAAGCACUUUGAUAGCUCUCAAGAUGAUGACCAUACUAAAUAGUCUGGUGACCUGGGAGCAGCCGCAGCUUAAAGAGAUUUGGCUGCAAAUGUUCGCCAAUGUGUUUUUGCCACGUUCCAGCGACGUGGUCGAUGACAUACGUUAUCUGUGCAUUGCCGAGUGCGGCAGCUGGUUGCAAAUGUAUCCCCACUGUUUUGUGGACUUGCGGCACUUGCAACACAUCUAUGAUGCGCUGAAGGACAGCUGCCCCAAGGUGUGUGAAGCAAGCCUCAAAGCGCUGCUCAAACUCUUUCACAAUCCAAAGCUGCAAGCCUUUUGCUUGGAGCAGGGCAUCAACCAUCGUGUCACGCUGCUGGGACUUUGUUUGAGCAGCGAGAGUGAGUUAGCUCAGAUGUCAGUGCGCCUGCUGAUCACCUACUAUCGCGUGGUGCCACACAUACUGGACGUGUCCAUGCAACACGUGCUCGAGCAGCUCAUCUUUGCCGCCCAUCGUGGUGUGGCACAAGCGGCAGCCGAAUUGGUUGCGCUGCGCUAUAAACACGCCUCGUCUGACAAGGAACGCAUUCUGGUGCUGAUCGAGGUCUUUCUGGAGUUUCAACAACACGAUCACACUGCUUAUCUCGUUGAUGCUUUCUAUGGUCACAUCAACGUGGUGUUGGCUUGGCAGAGCAUGGUGUCCAUGCUGCUGGACGACGCGACGUUGAGUGCUCGCCAGUCCACGGUGCUCAUCGAUAUACUCACACAUGCUGUGAAGCAGGCGGUGACCGGCGAGAUACCCGUGGGUCGAUACACGUGCGAAUUGGUGCGUCAACCGCAUCCAUAUGCCAAGGAUCAGGCAGGCACUAUCAUCUUGCCGCACUUAGCGACACUGCUGCACAAGUAUCGCAACUGCAGUCAGGAUCUGCGCAAUCUGUUCGAGUUGCCGCAGUAUAUGACGUUGGGGCAUUCACAGUUGACGGAUAUGCUGGAGCAGUUCAAGGACUUGCUGUUCGAACAGGAGCAGCUGCUGGUGCUGCAGAUGGGGGCCAAGACGCUGGAGCGUCUCAAUGAGCAGCAGUUGGUGCCGUGUGAUUUCCUCGAGACGCUGCUCAACAAUGUUGUGACCAACUACAAGAUUGCAGCCAACGCUUGGCUGGCUUAUAUAUCAGAGAGUUCUACUAAACGUCUGCUGAUGACACUGCGUUUGCUUUCGGCAUUCUAUGCCUGCUUCGAUCUGGACAAGUGGCAGCUAAGCGACAAUUUGUUGGCCAUUCUGCAGCAGGCGUCUGCGAAUUCCAGCGUUGCUUCGCCACCAACUGAAGCAUUGACGCACUAUUUGUCCAUCGUUUAUGUGGCGCUCUCUUGGGAUCUGAAGCGAGUGCAGGACUUGGCCAAUCAGAACAAGGAUGUUGCUGAUGAGUGCUACACGCUAAGCAAUCGUUUGAAGAAAUUCUUCAGUAUCAACUUUGCGAUCAUCAAAGCAGAAUCAUUAUUUACUGAUGUGGCCUGUGAUGCCUUUGUUUACCUCUGCGAUCUGUUUGUGUUAUUCGCGGAUCAUUUGCGCAAGAGCAGUAAUGGAUCCAUUCAGGCCUUGGAAUACAAAUCCAAGCGCACCGACCACGAACAAUUGGAAACCUUCUUGGAGCGUUAUGUCUUUGAUGGGACUGUUGAGGGAUCUGUUGCCGAGUUGCUCGAACCGCAUCAGUUUGAUGUGCUGCAGAGCAAGCGGCGUGUGCUGGUCAGCUACCUCAAGCUGGUCUUCCAUAAUGUGAUGCCCAUGAUGCGCGCCUGCGUUGUCUAUCAAUACUACGAACAGUAUCAUCCCGUUUUUGGGGAUAUUAUGCGUGCCACCAUGGAGCGCAGUCUGUCCAUGAACCCCACGAACUUUGGCAUGACUGUGAUGCACACCUGUCUGCUGGUCUACAGGCGCAUCAGGACCAACUAUCCGAAUGCAUUUCAAGCUGCUGCUUCACCGGAUUUCAACAAGCUGCUAAAACUGGCCAAAUUGUUGGCCGAGUUGUUCUACAUUAAGCCACUGGAAGUGCGUUCAGGUGUGGCCAUUUUACAUCGUGCUGGGAUCAGAUUUGCUGUAGAAAUAACUCCCGACGAUCCAUCGGCUGCUCCCAAGGAUCUAUUGUAUCUGAGUGUCGUGCAACAGUUUGUGCCACAAUUGCUCGAUCAGGAUAUUCGCGAUGUGUUGGAGUCCAUGAAAUUCAUUGAGCAAGCUCCGUUGCCAAGUCGUUCGGAUGAAUGGCAACCGUUGUUUUCCUAUCGCAACUCUCUGGAGAUUUCCCUCAGAGUUGGCAGUCGUCGUUAA